AUGCAAGGAAAACAAGGGUCUGCAAUUUUAUGUGUCAUAUUUAUGGUGUUGUUUACUAUUCAAAUAACUAAUGCUGCUAUUUACUAUGUUGGAGAUGGUAAUGGCUGGACUUUUGGUGUUAGCAACUGGCCUAAUGGCAAGAAUUUCAAAGCUGGCGAUGUGCUUGUAUUUAAAUAUCCUAAAGGUAUUCACAAUGUGGUGAUAGUGAACAAGGCUAAUUACGGUGCUUGUAAGGCUUCAGGAAAAACACUUAGUUCUGGAAAUGAUAGAGUAACUCUUGGCAGAGGCACAUACUAUUUUAUUUGCGGCAUUCCUGGUCAUUGUAAUGGUGGCCAAAAUAUUUCAGUUACUGCUAAUUGA